GGGAAGAAAAAGAGCACACUCUGAUCUAAUCCCUGUCAUCCGCCAAAAGAACCAUCAGACUAGUAAGUGGAGGAUCGAUUUUGCAACGCUGCAGAAGAGAUCUUGCUUCUUCGUGAAGGUCGCCAAUAAUGGCGGCGCCAAAGCCAAAAGCAUCUACUCCGGUUCCAGGCAAAAUGAGUUCACGCGUUUGGUUUUACUCCAUUUUGCUCACUCUUCAAUACGGCGCACAACCUCUCAUCUCCAAGCGCUUCAUCAGUCGGGAAGUAAUUGUAACUUCAUCAGUCUUGACAUGUGAGGUAGCCAAGGUUGUAUGUGCCAUUAUGCUCAUGGUGAAAGAUGGUAGCUUAAAGAAACUGGCAAAGGAAUGGACUUUGAUUGGUUCACUUAUUGCAUCAGGUCUUCCUGCAGCGAUUUAUGCUCUUCAAAACAGCUUGUUGCAGAUAUCUUACAGGAAUCUGGAUUCACUUACUUUCACAAUGCUGAACCAGACAAAAAUAAUUUUUACUGCCUUAUUUACAUUUAUCAUACUGAGGCAGAGGCAGUCAAUUCACCAAAUUGGGGCUCUGUUUUUGUUGAUAAUGGCAGCUCUUCUUCUAAGCAUUGGUGAAGGUUCUAGCAAAGCUUCUAGCAGUGGUGACCCCGAGCAAAUUCUAUUUUACGGAAUUGUCCCCGUUUUAGUUGGUUCUGUACUUUCCGGUCUGGCUUCUUCAUUGUGUCAAUGGGCUUCUCAGGUCAAGAAACACUCAUCAUACUUGAUGACUAUAGAAAUGUCUACUGUCGGAAGCUUGUGCUUACUGGCUAGUAUCUCCAAGUCUCCAGAUGGAGAAGCGAUUAGACGCCAUGGAUUCUUUUAUGGUUGGACUCCACUGACUUUGGUUCCGGUUGUAGCCAAUGCUCUUGGCGGGAUUCUUGUUGGCCUUAUCACCAGCCUUGCAGGUGGUGUAACAAAGGGGUUUGUCGUUGUUUCAGCACUUCUUGUAACGGCGAUGCUGCAGUUCCUGUUUGAAGGAAAACCACCAUCGACGUAUAGUCUCGUGGCUCUUCCACUUGUCAUCAGUAGCAUUUCAAUAUACCAGAAAUAUCCAUACCGAGUCAAAAAGAAGGAAGCCUAAUAACACCUGUAGGCAGGUAAGGGGAUUUCUCAGAUUGACCCCAAUUAUUAUAGUUUCCAGUUGUUUUUCCCAAGUUUUAAUGGGAGGGUUAAAAUGAAUUUUAAGAUGCAUGCAAAUGAAGAAUCCA